UCAUCCAACGGCCCAGAUCAUCCCCGUAACAGUGUAAACCCAGAGGAAGCCUUGAGCCUUGAAUUAUAUCUCAUCUCGUCUCCCUCACAUCACACGGCAAGUCCAGGUCAAUCGCAGCCUGAGCCAUGGCUGGAGGAGGCAAGAGAAGAACUAACGGGAACAAAAACAGCAGGAACGACAACAGCAAUAGCAGCAAAAACAAGGGCAGAAGGAGAUCGAACACAGUGUCGGCGUCAUCAUCGUCUUCUGGUCGAAUCGGAAACUCUCUCUUUGUGGAGGGUGGCGUCUUGUCUGAUUGGCCUCUCAGCUCUUCCUACCCAGGAAGAAACCCCAAUUCGAAUUCCAAGUCUGGUUUAAAACUAAAAGCGCCGUCUGCUUCUAAAAGUGGACCUUGCAAAUCCAAUGGGAGUGCCUUCGGUUAUAACUACCCUUCGGUUGAGCUUCAGGACGGUUUGCACAAAGAAUUAUCUGUUAAGGGUAAUGACAGAGAUGAUGAUCUAGAUGCAUCGCAACCCAUUCUUUUGGUUGAUUCCAAGGAGACCCAGAUAGUUGCUUAUUUAGAUGAAACAUCACCUUUGAAGGCCGAUAAUAUUGGUUUCACUUAUGAUUAUGAUUCAAGUUUUGUGCUUGGUGAUAGCUUCCAUAGAGGAUUGGGGUUCUGUGAUGAAUCUGAGACAACCCCUGGUGCUAUUGGUUCAUCAUCAAAGCAAAUGGAUGAACAGCCAGAAGGAUCAUCUUUUGAUUCUUCAUUCUCUGAGAAGGAAAUGGAUGCUGAUGAGACUAUUAAUUGUAAGGUAGGCGAAGGAAUGAUUGAAGAAGUGCAAACUGAGGCAUUCUCUUCGAAGAAAAAUUCAGGCUUUUUAUCAAUUGGGGGCAUGAAAAUAUUCACCCAAGAUAUAUUUGAAGGGGAAAGUGAUAGAGAGACGCAAGAUGGUGAAGGUUCUGAAUCUUCUGAAGUAGGGGAACAUAUUGAUCUGUCUGAUAGUGAUGUCUCUGAGAAUAUGUCUGAAAGUGAUUCCGAUAUUGAUGAAGAAGUUGCAGAAGACUACUUAGAGGGAAUUGGUGGGAGUGACAACAUUUUAGAUGCCAAAUGGUUGGUAGAAAACCAUUUGGAUGACUCAGACGAGGAUAGUUCUUCAUCCAGUGGUUCAUUUCAUGAUACCUUAGAGAAGCUGAGUGGUAUAGCACUCCAGGAUGCUUCUAGGGAAUAUGGUAUGAAGAAGUCUCAGUCAACAAAGAAAUAUACUGUAGGUGGUAGGGAUUCUGGGCCAUCAGGUUUGGAUGACCUUAUGCUUGUAAAGGAUCCAAGAACACUUUCUGCCAAAAAGAAGCACAUUGCUCGGUUGCCACAGUCUUGGCCUUUUGAGGCUCAAAAGAGUAAAAAUUCUAGAAGAUUUCCAGGUGAGAAAAAGAAACACCGAAAAGAGAUGAUUGCUGUUAAACGUCGUGAAAGAAUGCUGCAAAGGGGAGUUGACCUUGAGAAGAUAAAUAUGAAACUAGAACAGAUUGUUUUGGAUGAGGUGGAAAUGUUUGCUUUUCAACCUAUGCACUCCCGAGAUUGUUCUCAGGUACAACGAUUAGCAGCAAUUUACCGUUUGCGCAGUGGUUGCCAAGGUUCGGGUAAGAAAAGGUAUGUAAUAGUGACAAGAACUCAGCACACAAGCAUGCCAUCUGCAAAUGAUAAACUUCGUCUGGAAAAGCUGAUAGGAGCUGGAAAUGAGGAUGCUGAUUUCACUGUUAAUGAAUGCUCAAGAGCAAAAUCAGUUACUAUGCAGAGAAAUAGGGGGAAUAAGCCACUGGAUGUUCAAGCUCGGAGCAAAUCGUUGAAGAACUGUGCCAACAGUCAGAAUGUGGGUUCAUCAAAGCGACAGGGAGGGAAAAGGUGUUUAUAUGCCAAUCAACCAUUGUCAUUCAUAUCAAGUGGCAUAAUGUCUGAAAAAGUUGAUGACAUGAUAAUGGAUUCCCAAGAGACUGAAACUACUUCUGAAAAUAAGGUCAUAGUCAACUCAGCUAAGGUUGGUGCAUUUGAGGUACACACUAAGGGUUUUGGAUCCAAGAUGAUGGCAAAAAUGGGAUAUGUAGAAGGUGGAGGUCUGGGAAAGGCUGGUCAAGGUAUGGCGGAGCCCAUUGAAGUGAUCCAAAGGCCUAAAUCACUUGGCUUGGGUGCCAACUUCCCUAACAGCAUUGAUGACCCUUUGGAGAAUAAACCUCAAAGCACUGGAAGGUCUGAAAAUCAUGCAAAGCAUAAAAGCUUGGGAGCUUUUGAAAAGCAUACCAAAGGUUUUGGCUCUAAGAUGAUGGCAAGGAUGGGCUUUGUUGAAGGCACAGGUCUGGGCAAAAAUUGCCAAGGCAUUGUCAACCCUUUAAGUGCUGUUAGGCUCCCAAAAUCACGAGGAUUGGGUGCCAAAGGUUAGAAAGUAUACUUUUUUCCUUUCGUUUUCCUCUCCCAGAAAAUGAAAGGGAAAACAGCAAACUUAUUAGUUUUAACUUCUUCAAAGAUAUUUGCCAAUUUAUUCAUGAUCCUCCAUGUUCAUAUAUUGUAUUUAUGAAUAAGGAAUAUGAUUGGUUAUUGCUUUAUUGGGAAUUAUUUUUGUCCUC